UCCUCCACACCUACCUCGCAUGGUUUGUGUGUGUCCUGUCCGCCUCGGCGGGGCUUCGCUAGUUCAGCGCCGCGCUUGCUUUCUUUUCCCCCUCUGGUUGGUAGAGAAGGAAGCUUCAACGAAGCAUUGCGUUGGGUCCCUUUGAACAAUUUGGCGUGUUUUUAUUUUGUAUUUUGCGCGUGUUCAGCGUGUCUUGCGUCUUUUUGCCAACCUGGAUGCAGCUGCAGGAUUUUGCAGCGCGAGUCUUCAUGAGCAACCCGCACCAAUCAGAGGUUUCAAGGCAUACGAGGGUCACCAGCCUGUCACUAUGGUUAAAUGUCUUGUUUAAUGGUUGAGAGCUGUGGAGCUAUCUCAUUGGAUGGUCCUGAUCAGAAUGCACUAUUUCGCAUGCUAGGAAAUGCACGAGUGAGAGGGCAAGCAGGGCUUCUCUCUGAACGCCGCGGAUCAUAUCCAGUCAUUGACUUUCGUCUUCUAAAUUCAGCUGCUCAUUCAGGUGAAAUCGGCUCAAAGAAAAGAGUGAAAAGACUAUUGAGCUUUCAGAGGUAUUUUCAUGCUUCUCGACUGCUACGUGGCAUUGUCCCACAGACAUGUCUACACUUAUUGGAUGAAGACUACCUUGGGCAAGCCAGGCACAUGUUAUCAAAAGUUGGAAUGUGGAACUUUGACAUCUUUUUGUUUGACCGUCUGACUAAUGGGAAUAGUCUCGUCACUUUGUUGUGUCACUUGUUUAAUCUUCAUGGUCUCAUUCAGCACUUUCAAUUGGAUAUGGUAAAACUGCACAGAUUUUUAGUUAUGAUUCAAGAGGAUUACCACAGCCAGAAUCCUUAUCACAAUGCAGUCCAUGCUGCUGAUGUGACUCAGGCAAUGCAUUGCUACCUGAAAGAACCAAAGCUUGCCCGGUUUUUGACACCACUUGAUAUCAUGCUUGGCUUGAUGGCAGCUGCAGCCCACGAUGUUGAUCAUCCAGGAGUCAACCAGCCUUUUUUAAUUAAAACCAAGCAUCAUUUAGCCAGUCUAUAUCAGAACAUCUCUGUACUGGAGAAUCACCACUGGAGAUCUACUGUGGGAAUGCUCCGAGAAUCAGGGCUGCUGGCUCACCUGCCUGCAGAAACAAUACAAGACAUUGAACAACAGUUAGGAUCUCUCAUUCUGGCCACAGAUAUUAGCCGACAAAAUGAAUUUCUUAGAAGAAUGAAAGCUCAUUCGGACAACAGAGAUUUAUCAUUGGAGGAUGCAGAUCAUAAGCACUUCAUAUUGCAGAUAGCACUAAAGUGUGCAGAUAUCUGUAAUCCUUGUCGGGUCUGGGAUAUGAGCAGGCAAUGGAGUGAGAAAGUCUGUGAGGAAUUUUACCGACAAGGUGACUUAGAGGAACGUUUGAAGCUUGAAGUUAGUCCACUGUGCAAUCAGCUGAAAGAUACUAUACCCAGCAUACAAAUAGGUUUUAUGAGUUACAUUGUUGAGCCCCUGUUUGUGGAAUGGUCCCGUUUUACUGAAAACACAAGCUUGACCAUAACAAUGAUGAGCCACCUGCGAAAGAACAAGGCAAGGUGGCGAGGACUUGUUCUCAGACGACAUAAUAGUGAGGAAAGUACAGCCCAAGUGAAUGAAGACAAAAGCAGAACUUCUCAGGAAGUUGAACACCAGUGAUCUAACUCAGUUAAAUAGUCCAGUAAAAAAAAUGCCAUGUUUUUCUUCACAGACAUUUUCUUUCUCAAAAUUUUCUUUUGAGCGAAGUGAAGAAAUCUUGAGGACUGGAAGAACACCUCCAGUGGAAAAGUAGGAAGAGACUAUUUGACACUGAAGGACAAUUCAUCUUUACUAAGUUUCUUGAUCCAUCUUUAGUUUUGUAAACAUGUGCCAUAUAUUACCUCAGCAGCCUUCCAAUUGAAUAAAAAAAGACUUAGUAUUUGAAUUGCAGCAAAAGCAAAACUUCACUCCCAAAUUAUCAAGUUUAAGGCUCUAAGCUUUUUACCUAGAUUUAUACUGUUAGGGACAGCCUUGGCUAAAAAUGAGUCUGAAUAGAGAUGGAAGAGCCUCUGAAAGAACUUCGUGGUGCAGUAACAAAACUUGUUCAGCAAUGUGGCUUUGACUACAAAUGUCAACUGUUGAAGAACACAAUAUUCAACUGUUCAGCUGGGCUGCACUGUUGCUAAACACCAGCUUUGAAAGAACUCUCAAUCUCUUGGAUUUAAGUAUGCACUGAGAAUAAUACUUUUUUGGGAAUGACAACCAAACUUUUUCAUUUUUAUACCUUUUACAUUAGAAAGCAGAUGUGGCAUUCAGAACUGGAUUGCAUACCUACUGAGUACAUGUUUAAAUUCAUUCUUGUAUAGUUAUAAUAACAAUAAAAUUUAAGAUGGAGAGAUGUAAAUAUGAUCAGUUACAAAGCUUACACAAUUCCAGGUUUUAAUCUGUCCCAGUGUGUCUGUUUUUCUAGGAGUAAAUAUUAUAUAGAAGGGACAAGAAGAAAAGAAAGAUCGGUACAUUUAGAAUUCUGCAUUGAGAAUAUGUUUCACUGUGAACAAUAAAUACCAUUGGUAUUAAAACAAAAGCCAAAAAUUAGAACUAUAGAACAAAUGUAAAUAGUUAUAUUACACUAAAAAUUUUAAAACUAUAAAGCCUUAAUGUUGCACCCAUUGCCAUAUUUUUACUGUUUUGAUAAUUAAGCACAUUCUUUGUAUUAGACUAAUUGUAAUUACUAAUUACAGCAAGCAGUUUUAUUUCUAUUGUUAAAAAAGUAACAAUUCAAUAACAAUGUAAACAUUCCAUAUUUUUCUUACAUUAUUUAAAUUUAUUUGUAAUUGUUCGCUGUGGUCAUUGAGGAUUAUUUCCAUUUGCCUCAAGAGGAUAAGGAGGCAAAUUUAUUUCAAUCCAUUCAAGUUGAAAACCAUUUGACAGUUUUGAAAGAAGUUGCCAUUUUCCCAAAUUCCCAGAAUACCAACAAGGUUCAAGAAGGUGAAGGUUUCUUUCUAAAAUGUACAAAUAAGAAAUAAACAGAUCAGGUCUGAAUACCAUGUGGCCGUAUCCCAGAAAAAGAGGUAUUGAAACUAUUUGUUAUACUACAGCUGUGAAUGAAAAUCAUUCACAACCCAGUUGCAGAAAUGUUUUGUCAUAAAGUCUUCUGUUUUCUAAUGAAUAAUAAAACAUUUGUAUGUAUUUCUGUUCAGAGGUAAGGAAAUAAACUGUAUAGUUGCGCCAUAAUCUAUUAAGGUAAGGCAAGCUUGUGGGUUUGAACAGCCAGUUUCUAUUUCUUUGUAACCUUGAAUUUGAUAUACAUAAAUAUAAACCUCCUAUGUUAUAUAUAAAUAACUUUCCUCUUACAGUUAUAUGUACACCUAAACUUCAAUCAACAUCCCAUGGGCACUGUUCUGAUUUAGAGGUUAGGUUUUUAAAGUACAUUCCUGUAAUCUAUGUAAACAAGCCUUACAGCUGUAUGAUAGUAUCAUUUUAAUGUAAACUUUGUCUAAUGUUAAAAACGUGAUGCAUAUUCUGUGAAAUUUGCUGUGACUGCUAUGCAGUGUUGCCAAGAAUCAUUAUUUCUAAAAAAAACCUAAAUUUUAAUCAAGAAUGCAAUGUAUAAUUUCAGUUCAAGGUUUUGGACUGCAACAAUUAAUCAUAAAUAGACUUUUGUAAAUGUUAUUGUUUCCAAUUAUGAAAUAUAUAAACAUCUAAACCAAAAUGGUAUAUCAACCUAAUUGGACUGAUGGUGAUUUUAAUAUUUAGUUUACACAAGUGUAACAUAAA